UCUCGUCUGCUGAAGCAGUAGCAAUAAAAAACAUGAUCAACAUUUAGAAUAUAUCAUCAUCCGAUCGCUUUAGGCGAAAAGAACUAAAAAGGAAAUUUCCACCUAGCAGGCUGUACUAACUAAUAUAAUAACUACUAACUAGCACUACCACCAACCACUCAUUUCAUUGUCGUCAUCAUCAUAAUUCGUCUCUUUAUCGUAUCGUCUAGUUAAGUCGGUAUUGUACAAUGGGGGUUUACUUUAACGACUUCUAGAUAGCAGGAAGUAUGUAGUCGUCGACGACGACAUAUAAGGUGGCAAAAAUUGUGAAAGGAAGUAACUCAAGUAUUAUUUUACACUGUCAUUUUAGUUGGUAGCAAUAAUAAAGGAAUCUUUUUCAACUGAUAUUAUUAAUAGAAGAGAUCUCUUCCUUCAUUCGCCUUAAAAAAUUGUACCAAAGUUUCCUUUAAUAUACAUAAAAUUUUUGUGGGAUUGGAAUUUGCUUGUCGAAAACGGAAGCAUUUCGUUUCGAACUACCAGAAAUAGUGUCAGUGUCAGACAGGGUUGGUUGGUUUUAGUAGGGCAAAAAAGUUAAAAGCACGAACGACUGGGUAAAAAUAACCCUAAAAAACAAUGACAGCACCACUAGCAGAAACACAGACGAGAUCAUUACGUGUUUUAGAUAUCUCUUUAAAAUGUGAAGGAUUGCACUGUGUGAUGUGUAGUUUUAGUUUUGCAGAGGAACGGGAGCAGUAGUAGAGACUGGAAAUUGCAAAAAAGAGAAUAAAUUACGAACAAUAAAUAUACAAUUUUCAAAAUUAGGCUGGAACUACAUAUUACUAGGUAUCGUGUUGCAGGCAUAAUAAUUAAAGUGAAGGUCAUUUAAUUGAGGCAAUUACCAAUUAUCCUAGUCAGGUCACACAUAAAUACAUCCUCGCAUAUACGGUCACACAUACAUGUACAUUCACGCAAUUGACGUAACAAAACAACAGUUGCUAAACAGACCGAGACCGACCACAAAGUUGACUAAUUUAAUUUCCAUAAUAAAUAUUGAAAAUGAUCUUCCAUAAAUAAUAAAUAAUUCAAUUUGUCAAAAGAGUUGGGACAGUGGGAACAUAUAAUAAGCCAAAAAUACUCGUUCUUUUAUCUCAUUCUCAUCUACAAGUGCAGCUACCAGAGUAUUUUUUUGCCACUAUUAUAAGGACAGAAGGAAAUCUACAGGUUUUUUAAAUGUCGAGUAGAUUUCUUAGAAGAGAUUCUUCUAAAACUGAAAAGUCGUUCUUAAAUGGAAAUAAUAAUAACAACAACAAAAAGGACUUUUCAGAAAGGAAAGCUCAAUUGACGCCGAUCGAGUACCGUGUUACACAGGAACGAGAGACUGAAAGGCCUUACAGUAACAAAUACAACCGACACUGGGAGUCUGGAACUUACCAUUGCGUCGUGUGUGAUGCGGAGUUGUUUCAAUCAUGUAGUAAAUUUGAUUCGAAAUCCGGGUGGCCUGCGUUCACAGAUGUCGUAGAUCCCAAGAGGGUCAAGUUGACGGCGGAUCUAUCGCACAUUGGAGCAAAUCUUCUCCUCCUCAUUGCCAAACCGGACUUGGCCAGAACGGAAGUGUCCUGUGCGAAUUGCAACGCCCAUUUAGGUCAUUUGUUUAAAGAUGGCCCAAAACCUACCGGCCUUCGAUAUUGCAUCAACUCCUCUUCCUUACACUUUAUCUCGUCCGAGGAAUCCUCAACUGCUCCACAAAAUGCGAACAAUGUCGCUCCUGACUCUAUCUCGACGUCCAAAAAAUUCACAGAAUAUGCAUGCAAUCCAGAAAACAGUUGUGGACUUCCGUCCUCAACAGGACAAAGGUUAACCUCGUCAGAGGCGAAUAAAUCUCAGACACUCCCACCGAUGGCAUCUCUGUGCCUGAAUAACCAACAAUGUCAGAGGAAUCCAAUCACCACCACGAAAAAGAAGUCAUCCGAACUUUCUCACAGUAUUGAGGCGAUUGAUAGGACAACCAGAGUUGUUAGUGUUCCUCCGACAUAUUCGUCAACACAACGAGGCAACAUAAAUCAAGAUGCUUCUCCGCCCAGAGAACAUCCCCUGUUUCCAAAGUGUACUUCCUACAAUAAAAAUAAGACUGUAAAGACACCACCAUCCGAGUUGGAUUCUCCAAUAAAACAACCACAUCUAGGAAAAUAUCCAAGAGGAGGGUCACCCAGUCCGAGUGACACGACAGAAAAUGGCCCCACGUCACCUUCUCCAUUUUCGCCACGAAGUUCAUCCGUGAGAUAUCCAUCCUCCAAAGGCGCAUCUUUGACUGCGGCACGGAUAAACUUUUUUCAGAAUUUAGACGGCACACAACCACCACAAAAUAAUAAUAGUAAUGGAAUCUCGCCACUUUCGUCCCGUCCCAUUUUUCAAAAUCGUUUCGUUAAUUCAAUCUCGUCAGGAAGUCUUGGUUUAAGGAGAAAUUCUAAGACGUCUGAAAACAAUAACGAGGAUAACAACAGAAAUGGGAACAGUAAUAGUAAUGGAAAUGUGUCCUCAAUACCCCCACCGCCGCCGCAAGUAAUCCAUAGGAGGGGUUCUGGACCGCAUGGAUUCUCUGCGUUAUCAGCAGAUCCACCAGUUUCGUCUGCGCCAAAUCCAAUCAAGGAGACAGUCUUGUAAAAACAAAUUCAGUUGAAAUUUUAACGUGCUUGUUUAUCGCAUUUAUUACCUGCAAGAGUAUUGUUAUUAUUAAUUAAUUAAUAAUUAAUCGUUUGUUAAUCACUUCGUUAAAGUUCAUUUAUGAAUACUCAUUCUAGUCAUGUUUUUGUGAGCAAUCCGUACCAAAUGAAAAUUAUUAUUUAGAUUUUACUUCUUCGCAAUGUUAAGCUUUAAUUAAAACUAAAAUUCCGAUAUUACAGAUAUUCCGAAAAUCAUUUUAACUAAUGCAACUAAUCUAAUUAAUUUUAAUUUUAUAACGGUUAGUAUUGUUUGUGCUACUAAAUAUUAUGAAAAAUUAUCAAUUAAUUCCGGUUUUGGUACUGCUUUAUAUAAACUUUUGGAAGUAUUGCGUUUGUACAAAUUACUGCCAAAAGUACAUACAUAGUUGACUACAAAUUAAUGAAAUCAAAAACGACGUUAUCGAAAAUGUAUUUUAGAAUGUAAGUCAAUUUCUCGACCACUAACUUAACCGAAAGACAAAAUUUAACUAAUUCAAGUUGUAAAACGAAAAUUCGUAAGGAAUAAAAUAAAAUAGAAAACCGAACGUUCUCUUCACAAACUA